AUGUCAUCGGAGCCAUCCUCUAGGCCGCCGAGGACUGAUUACCCGGACCAAGUGCCUGGGAGUGGCGAUGGUUCUCAGCGACCGGCGAGAGCGCGGCGCGUACGCUUAGCAUGUCUGCGCUGCCAGACCCGAAAGAUCAAAUGCGAUGGGAAUAUUCCUCAGUGCUCAGGAUGUCGCCGUGCUGGCGCUCAAUGCAUCGACGGGAAAAAGACCAUCCAAGAGGGUAGCAUCUCACGGAGUGAGGCCGCUACUCUCUAUCGCCAUAUACAACGUCUAGAAGGAGCCCUACAAGCUCAAUGUCCUCAUCUCGAUUUGGGUCUGGUGGCUGCUGAUGGAGACCUGCCUCCACCGCCGAGAGAAGUGGCUGCUGCGAGCACACAUAGCACAAACCUCUCCCGUCACCGAGACGUCGAGCCCGCCUCUGUGGAUGAAACGUCCAGAAACAAUCUCAGAGAACGUCCCAAUCUCUCCGGCGGCAGCUCGCCUCCCCGAAACCCAAGUCGCAACGAAAUCGCCCACGAGAUUGGGCUCAUUCCGCUGUCGGCCGGCAUCAGCAAAUAUGUCGGACCCUCGAGCGGCCUGUCAUUUGCGAAACUGGUCUUUGCACGCGCCGACCUCUCCGGCAGUCAUGUGCCUGGCAGCAUUCAAAACAGCACCACACACGAGUCCCCCUCGACAACAAGCUCUCGGUCGAUGUUUAUGAUCGAACCAGCCCCAAUACCAAAAUCGCUUGAACAAGCCAUCCAGUUAUCCAAGAUAUAUUUCGAGCACAUUCACGUCCAGUAUCCCUUCCUCCACGGCGGGACGUUUUCCCGUCAACUUCACGACCUGUACAGCAACCCCGAAGGUGCCUCACGCGUGGUCUGGUUUCAGGUCACCAUGGUCCUCGCGAUCUCGGCCAGCAUUCUGUCGAAACGUCUGAGGAUUCCGUUUUCGGGCGAGGGCCUCGCGACGUCGGCCAUGCAGUACACGGACGAGAUUGACUUUCAGAACUCCACCGAGGGAGUCCAGUGUCUCUUGCUCCUUUCCAUGUUCACACUGCACAGUCCUUUCCUGCGGCUCAAUCCCUGGUACUUGAACUACCAAUGCUUGGCUGCCGUCCUGGACCUGGGUCUGCAGCGAGAUGUCCCCAUCAGCCCGUCGAUCGGCCCUUUGGAACGAGAAAUGAGAACGCGACUGUUUUGGGUCAUUUACUCGAUAGAUCGGACCCUCGCGACGACCUUGGGCAGACCGAUCGGUCUAAGAGACGAGGCCUGUGACCUGCGCCUCCCCAGCGGACAUGAAGAUUGUGAUCUUGACGAUAACUCGCCAAUGGAUGAUCAGCAACAGCCUCGUCUAGCCCGAGCAGGAUCGAUGUCGUGUGCAGUGGUCCUUUUCCAACUCGCACAGAUGAACUCGGAGAUCAAAUACGUCCUGCACAGUCUCACACACAACACCCCUCGGUACACGUACCCCCAAAUCCCCGACAUCGAGAUGUGGCAGAACGACAUGUGGGAGCGUCUUGGGACGCUCCAGUCGCAGAUCCCGCUCUUCGAGAACCAGGACCUGUACAUGACCAUGAUCUGCCAGAUCCGGUACCACGAGGUGGUCAUGCAUCUCUUUCGACCCACGCCGCGGAUCCGGACCCCCAGCAAAGUCUCGCUGAUGCGGUGCUACGACAGCGCCCAGGCCGCAAUCCGGCUCGCGAAGCAAAUGUACGAGUCCGACCGCAUGUCGUACUCGUGGGUCACGAUCCACUCAGUCUGCCUCAGCGCGCUGACCAUCCUGUACUGCAUCUGGACGGUCCCCGAGAUCGCGGCCGGCGCGCACCUCGACGCCUUCACCAGCACCACGCGCGACGCUUCCAACCUGCUCAGCGCGGCGGGCGAGCACUGGCCCGAGGCACGCCGGAGCCGGAACAGCCUCGACAGGCUGGCGGCGGCCACGGUGCGCUAUCUGCUCGACACACACGGGGCUCACCGAUCUCCGCCACCGCGCGCGCAGGAUCGCGAACGAGGACAGACGCGGCCUCGACCCGUGGCAGAUUGGGAGGGACCGCGCAGGUCGCACGUGCAGUCCCAGGCAGAGACGGGCCGCGAACAGGCCAGUCUUCUUCUCAGCCCGACGACGCCGAGCGCCCGACAGCACCGUCUCAGCGAGCAACUGCCGGAUUUCACUGACGGGUUCGGCGGCUCGACCAUCGACGCGUACAUCAGCGGUGGAGACCUGGCCAUGUUUGUGGGCGCGCCAGACCCCUUCGCCGGGGAUCUCUCUCUGACCAUGGACGGCAUGUUCACCGAGUACCAACCGCUGUUCGAGUUCAACGCCACGACGGAUCUUGGGGGCGCAUUCACGUCAGAUGUUUAA